AUGGGGGUGGGGGGGUGGUUCCUGGGGGCCUGCAGGAGACGCGUGGCUAGCUGGAGGGAGAAUCGUCGCCAGGCUACCGAUGGCUUCUCAAACAUCCAGUACCGAAUCCGGCAGAAACAUUUGGGCAUGAUCCACAAAGCUGCCAUCGCUGGUGAUGUGAAGAAGGUGGACGAGAUCCUCUUACUCAGGUUGAAUGAGAUAAACGACAGAGACAAGAAGAAGAGGACUGCUCUACAUUGGGCAUGUGCCCAUGGCCAUUCAGGAUUGGUAACUCACUUGGUGGCCAGAAAAUGCCAGCUUAACCUCACUGACAAUGAAAACAGGACAGCUCUGAUCAAGGCUGUACAAUAUCAGAAAGACGUUUGUGCAUCCAUCCUCCUGGAACUUGGUGCUGAUCCAAAUAUUACAGACAUGUACAGCAACACUGCCCUGCACUAUGCCAUUAACAAUGAGAAUAUAUCAAUGGCAGGAAAACUGCUUGCAUAUGGUGCAGAUAUUGAAGCAAGAAGCCAGGGUGAACUUACGUCACUUUUACUUGCCAUAAAUAGGAAAAAAGAGCGAAUGGUGGCAUUUUUGUUGAAGAAAAAACCAGAUUUAACUGCAGUAGAUAAUUUUGAAAGAUCAGCCCUCAUACUUGCUGCUCGUAAUGGAUCAACAAAUGUAGUCUACCAGCUUCUUCAGCACAAUGUUGAUGUUGUUUUCCAAGAUAUAUCUGGAUGGACAGCAGAAGACUAUGCUGUUGCUUAUAACUUUCGAGACAUUCGCAGACUAAUUUCUGAAUAUAAAGCAAACAAGAAACAUAAAAGUCUUCAAAAUAGCAAUCAAGAACAAGACUUAAAAAUGACAUCGAAGGGAGAACAAGAAAAUCUUCAAGAAUGUGAAAAUAACCAGCAACAGGUUGCAGAAAAAAUGAAAACACACAGAAAUAAGAAAAUGGAAGUGUCAAGAAACCUAGAUGCCAAUUACAGUGACAGUGAUGAUGAUGAAUUAAUCCAAGAAAGAAGGAGCAGAAAACCUGAUAAUCAUCAAUUUCCUAGGCAGAAGAGUGAAGAGUAUAAUAGGCUUGCAAAGAAAACAUCUAAUAAAGAGAACAAGGUUAAAAGACAUCUAUAUUUCAAGGAUGACCUCGAUGACAUAAUUUGGUCAUCUGAAACAACCUCAGAGGAUGAUGAGUUGCCUUACUCUGAUGAUAAGAAUUUUAUGUUACUCAUUGAACAACAUAGAAUGGAGUGUAAAGAUUUUGUUAGCCUAUUGAAAAUCAAGAAUGCAAUAUCUGCACAUGAAAGAUUAAUCGAGCAUAAAAUAUAUUACUGUGAACAACUUACAGUGAAAUUUCAAAAAAUGAAAAAUAAGAUUAGUAUACUACAAAAUGAACUAUCUGAGACAGACAAAACCAAAUCACAGUUAGAGCAUCAGAAACUUGAAUGGAAACAAGAGCUCCAUAGUUUAAGAUUAAUCUUACAACAAGAAGAAGAAAAAAGAAGAAACCCUGAAAAGUAUGGAAAAGAUACAGAAAAGUUCAAAAUAAUGGAAGAGCAAUAUUGGACACAAGCUGGACUAAAAAAACAACUUAAACUGACUCUCAAAUCACUGGAAAUGGAAUUGAAGACUGUAAGAAAUAAUUUAAAUCAGAGUUCUCACACUUAUGAAAAACAAAAAGACCUGUGGCAGAAAAAUCACUUGAUGCAGGAUGAAAUUGCCAGACUCAAGCUAGAAAAAGACACAAUAAAACAUCAGAACGAGGAAAAUGAAAACACGUAUUUCAAGGAUAUUGAAAUUAUAAAGAAAAAGAAUGAAGACCUUCAAAAGACUCUAAAGCUGAAUGAGGAAACAUUAACAAAAACAAUAAACUGGUAUAGUGAAGAGCUUAAUGUUCUGACAUUGGAUAAGAAUACAGUGCUCAGUUCUGAGCUAGAGAAGGAAAAACAAAGAAAGCAAAGACUGGAAACAGAAAUGGAAUUAUACAGUUGUAGACUGGCUGCUGCUCUAUGUGAUCGUGAUCAAAGUCAGUCAUCAAAAAGAGACCUACAGCUUGCUUUCCAGAACACAGUAAAUCAGUGGUGUCAUUUACAAGAAAAUAUGAAUUCUCAUAUUGAGAUUCUUUCUCAGCAACUUUCUAAAGCUGAGAGUAAAUCCAGUGGCCUGGAAACUGAGCUCCAUUAUGAAAGAGAGGUUCUCAAGGAAAAGACGUUGGCUAUAGAACACAUGCAAGGAGUCAUAAGCCAAACACAGUGUCGCGUGAAGGCCAUUGAACACAUGUACCAAAAUGACCAACAUAUAGUGGAAAAAUAUGUGAGAAAGCAGCCAUCUGUAGAGGACGGACUAUUUCAGAUACAAAGCCAAAAUUCAUUGCAUCAACAGCAACUUAAUGAUGCUCACAAGAAAGCUGACAAUCAGGAAAAAACAAUAAUUAAUAUCCAAGCCAAAUGUGAAGAUACUGUAGAGAAACUUGAAGCUGAGUGUAGAAAGCACUGUAUUCUGCUAGAAGAGAACAACAAGGGGUUGAUGGAGGAAUAUACUCUUUUAAAAGAAAGGCAAUGUCAGUAUGAAAAAGAGAAAGAAGAAGAAGAAGUAGUUGUGAGAAAACUCAAGCAAGAACUGGGUGAUGCCCUGAACAAACAAUUACUGUCAGAAAGUAUGCUAGAGAUUUCAUCACAACAUCAAAAUACUUUAGAAGAUGAGAUACAAGAUACAAACAAGAAAUUAGGACAGAUGAGAAGUCAGGUAUGUAUGAAACUUAGCAUGUCAACAGUUACUCUGUAG